AUGAGCGACCAUGAGAUCGAUGGAGAGACGUUGCUUGUGGGAAUGGGACUUUGUGUCUCUGUGUCCCCGGUGCAAACUGCUUUUUACCUCAUCCUGGUGAUGCUGGGCAUCCUGGGUAAUGCCACAGUUGUUGGGGUGAUUGGCAUGAGUGUAGUCACAGACCAUAUUGGGGGACUUAAGUCGGACAUCAUCAUCAUUAACAUGGCACUGUCUAACCUGCUGGUGUCUGUGAUGAGGAACAUACCGCUCGUCAUCUCCGACAUCGGUUUACAACUGUACUCUUCCAAAGAGUGGUGUCAAAUCCUCAUGGGUGUCUGGGUGUGGCUGCGAUCGGUCAAUGUGUGGUCAACGCUCUUCCUCAGUGCGUUCCACCUCCAGACAUUGAGGCGUGUGGCUCCUACUAUGGUGAACCAUAACGGGCCCCGCAGCCUUCCUAAAAGCCUACUGCUGAGCCUGGCCCUCAUCUGGCUUCUCAACUUCAUUUACUCCAUUCCUGCUCAUAUCUUUUCCACUAAUGUGAACAGCACCGAGACCCUGAUGCUGGUGAGCAGCGCGACGCGCCCCCUGCUGGGUUGUGUGUGGAACUUUCCCUCCAGCUCCAGUGGUCUGGCCUAUGCAACCACGUCGAUGGUGAUCCAUGAAGCUAUUCCCAUAAUCCUAAAGGCCUUUACCAACCUGGGCUCCCUUUACACACUCUACACCCACAGCAGGGUGCGGAGCUCAGCGCAAGAUGCACCUGUCAUGAAACGGGUGCCUGCUGAGAGACGAGCGGCCAAGGUGAUUCUCACUCUCAUUAUGCUCUUUAUAGUAUCAUGGGGCACCAGCAUUAUCUCUGUCAACUCUUUCAACUACAACAGGGGCCCCUCUGCGGAGUUCCUUCUGGUCGUUGCUCGUUUUGCCAACAUCAUCUUCAUUGCAAUGUCACCUGCUGUUCUGGCUGUUGGCCACCGGCGGCUGCGGUCUUUCAUCAAGUCUACACUCUCUCACUGACAGACCACACAAUACUGAUAAUCGUUCACUAUUAUUUCCAAGACGAAUAAAACACAUUUAAAGAAG